AUGGCUGCCAAUGCAUCAUUGAAGCGCGAACGUGUCGAAUCUGCGAAUGAUGCCACACGUGACGAAGAAGGCCUUCGACCGCCUAAACGGGUUAAAACUGCUCGCACCGAACCGGACACUGAUUCUUCCUCCCCAUCACAUCCCACACACCAGCCCAACCGGGAGCCCGCGCAGGGUGCUCUAAACUCCGCUUCUUGGGCGAGAGAGCAAGGCAUAGAGAGAACUUCUGUUGCCCUCUCAGGUUCUGUCACUACCGCUCAGUCACACUCUGUCUCUCCGAGAUUCGUCGAUGGACAUAUUGCCCUAGAGAAAGAGGGAAAGAGAUGCACCACUAAGGCUACAGGAGGAAGUUCGCCGAACACGGCGACACAUAUUGCCAAAAGGGUGGAAGCUGCCGAUGAUUACGGGCCGCAGGCAGAGGAAAUAUCGGUUCGACAUCGCCCCAAUGAAGGCAAAGUCUUUCGCGAGGAGCAUUCUCCCGACUCGAAACCCACACUCUCAUCCAAUGGCAACCACACGAGCCCGCAUGACCUCGACGGAGCGACACGCACUAGUACCGCCGACGGGCUUUCCAACUUAGUCCAAGCCUGCCUAGACAAAUAUGGAUACGUAAAAGCAUCAAACAUGUCGCCUGACCAACCUCAGGACUCUCACGACGCCGGCGCCGUAACCGAAUCGUUGAUGCGGAUCUAUAGAGACUGGGUUGGGACCACUCCCAGCAGCGCCGGUUCACUCCAGCCUAAAGGCCCACCCGGAUUCAAAGCAUUUCAUGCUCACGGGGAAACAUGUGAAAACAAAGAACUCUACACCAACGGUGAAGCCAGGAUGAUCCAAUGCUUCGAUGGGUCGAAGCCAGUUCUGGCCUUGCUCCUGUCUCACACGUUGGGUCAGUGGUACAAGACAUGCGUUGAACUCUCUCGAAGACAUUUCUCUCUUGAAAAUCAGGCAAAAGGGGCGACGGAAAAGAUCCAAACGAAGAAAAAUGCCGCUGUGGCCAGCUAUUCCGACGCAAUAAAGCAGAUCCAGCAGUUGGAUGCACACGUAGCUGAGGGCAAGAUCGACCGUACUGAAUCGCGAAUGCGGUUUGAUCGGUUACGAAAGGUACACAACAAAGCAUUACGGCAACUGGAAAUGUUAAGCUGGGCAGAAGGCGAUAUUAGGUCGCAGGUAAAGCGGGCGGAAGAUGAAUGGAGCAAGUAUAUGAGUUCGAUCUCGGUUAUCCAUGAAGACGUUCUCGUCGAAUGCGGUCUCCUUCCAGACUUUGGAAUCGAAGUUGAGGAGGAAGACGGCGAACAGUGCCCCACCGCAGGAGGUGCGGCCAUGCCUAUAACAGAACAAGAAGAACAGCCAUCUGAGCAGCAAGUGCAGAAUUGCACGCCAAUCGACACCCACCAACCCGAAGAACGCCAGUCAGAUCAUCCCGCUACAUAUGUUGCACCGCAACCGGAGACCGCAUUUGCUCGAACCACAAGUCCAACGAACACCAGGAGGGAUACUCACCUCGCCGAACUACCCGACGAGGCCAAACGAGACAAACUAUGGGCCAUGUUCUUCGAAACGAGAGGGGCCGCCGUCUCCGCCUGCAAGGCUUACGAAAAUCAUCGCGUAAGCUACUGCAAGGAUCUUGAACGCUAUAUUUCCGAACAGCGUGGCCACCGUGAAGACGCCGACUUUGAGACCGAAUUUGGCCCUAUCCAUGUCCUACGCGGCCAGGAGAUCAUCAAACGUUUCCGGGACGCGGAAGAAGCAUAUGAGAUUGCGAAGGAGAAUGCACGAGCAGCCGGCAUCACUUUCAUUACCGGUGACCUCGACAUUGAAUACCUUAGCAGUCUGGUAGGAUGUGAUAAUGCCGUGCCAACGAGCAAGGUUCAGUCGAACGACUUGAUCCAAAUGUGGAUGAAGGAUGUUGAUUCGAGGGAGCCCGUUCGCACAUGCCCGACGUUGCCACCUUCCGAACCAUGCGAGGACUCCAGUGCUGACGAGUUCGACAACCAGGGCUCGGAUGCCGAGGAUCGCGGGAAGAUGCAGGAUGAACCCGCUCUCAGGGCACCCAAUCCAGUCACUGAUCCCGCUCCGAGCAAUGCAGCAAUACAACCCAAAUACUCUAAGGUCAACAGAAACCCCGAACCUACUCACUCCUCCGGGCUCAACGUUUUCACGGACGAUGACUGGGCCGCUAUUUCAGGAUCCCCCUCUAACGGGGAUGUUGCCAAUGCCAACUCGAAGUUCGACGUGGCAAAGCCGGCGACUGAUCACUUCGGCCAUUCUCAACCAGAAGUAAAGGCCCAACAUGAUCAGGAAUUUGACAUAGAUAUAUACGGGGAUUGGAAUUCAUUGCACGAGGAGGCGGUGACUAGUAACGCUGAGCACGAGGAAAGCUUCCGUGGGCCUGCCGUUCCCGGUGAAGGGCCCAGCACGAGGUGGCAUUCUAUAUUGCAAGAGCCCCGAGACCAGGAUAUUGGGAUCACUUCCAGCCCCGCACCCGAGGAAAGGAACCUUCCUUCAAAUACGCCAGUGGAGAGACCCAGUCAUACUGAAGCCGAGCAUAAGCCCCGACAAGAACUUCAAAAGAACGAGAGUCUCAAAUUGAGCUUAGAACAGCCACGAGAGACUACAAAAACCGUCGAGCCGCAGGAAGACCGUACACUGUCCUCAGAUCUGCCACCCGGUGAACCUCAGCCUAUCACCGGAAAACGGAAGCGAUGGAUUGGAGACGAGGGAUACUUCUCCACAAUGGACCAGACUAUAACAAACGAGGACGGCGAACCCAAGCUAGUUCAAUCUCCCACAAAGAGGACGCGAGCCGGAGAUUAA